UAUAACCCUACAAAUAUUUUCCACGGAGCCCUAACUUGGUUUGCAUCAUUCUUCUUCUCGCCGGCCGCCGGGAAGUGAGGCCGCUUGGUCGAAAAUAAUCGGCAAGUAAUUUACUCCUGGUUUACUGUGUUUUUCCGGAUGGCACCCCCAGCUAAAGCUACGUCCAAAAAGCCUGAUGCAAAGGCACAAGCCGUAAAGGUUGCCAAGGCAGUAAAGGCAGGCUCAUCCUCAAUCAAGAAAAAGGCCAAAAAGAUCCGAACUUCAGUUACAUUUCACCGUCCAAAGACAUUGAGGAAGCCGGGAGAGCCAAAAUACCCUAGAAUCAGUGCUUCUCCCCGAAACAAGCUUGAUCAUUAUCAAAUCCUCAAGUAUCCGCUAACGACGGAAUCCGCCAUGAAGAAGAUCGAAGAGAACAACACUCUCGUCUUCAUUGUCGACAUCCGAGCUGACAAGAAGAAGAUCAAGGCUGCUGUCAAGAAGAUGUAUGACAUUCAGACGAAGAAAGUUAACACUCUUAUUAGGCCUGAUGGCACAAAGAAGGCUUAUGUGAGGCUGACUCCUGAUUAUGAUGCCCUUGAUGUUGCAAACAAAAUUGGUAUAAUCUGAGUUAUGCAACCUGGAGAGCUAGUC